CAAAAUCAUUGCAAAAUUACUAGCAAACUGAUUGCGAAAGGUGUUACCCAAGGUGAUCGAAGAACAGCAGAUGACUUUUAUUGAAGGAAGACAAUUAGCAAAGGGAGUAGUGAUUGCAAAUGAGGUUAUCGAUGAAGUCAAAAGGAAGAAGAUGAAGAGCUUUCUAUUUAAAGUCGACUUUGAGAAAGCUUAUGAUAAGGUAUGCUGGGAGUUCAUUGAGUACAUGAUGUUGAGGAUGGGGUUUAAUGUAACUUGGAGAAAAUGGAUACAGGAGUGUCUAAAAUCGAGCUCGAUCUCUGUUCUCAUUAAUGGCAGCUCGACGAAACAAUUCCCGGUUAAUAAAGGCAUCCAACAAAGUGAUCCAUUAUCCCCAUUUUUAUUCUUGAUUGUUGCGGAGGAGUUGAAUGGACUAGUGUCAUCGGCAGUGGAGAAGGAGUGGUAUAAAGGAGUGACAAUUGGCAGUGGAGAUGUUAUGGUCACACACCUACAAUUCGUGAAUGACACCAUUUUUUUCAGGGAGGCAACAGAUGAUAAUAUCUGGGUGAUCAAAUGCAUUAUGAGGACUUUUGAGCUGGCUUUAGGGCUGAAGAUAAACUUCAAAAAAAGCCAAUUAAUGGGAGUGGGAGUACAAAAAAAUUGGAGUGCUAAAGUGGCAUAUAGAUUGUGCUGCAAAGAAGGGGAGUUGCCAUUUAAGUACUUAGGAAUCCCAAUUGGUGGCAAUCAAAGAAGAAUAGCUAUGUGGCAGCCAUUGGUGGAGUCCGUUAAAAGGAAAUUAGCUACCUGGUAGGGGAGACAUCUAUCUAUGGGAGGUCGCAUCACGCUCAUCAAUUUAGUACUGUCAAGUUUGCCCGUGUUCUUGAUGUCAAUCUAUGUAAUCCCAAAAGGGAUGAGUACCCCUUGUACUCAUUUUAAUAUACUAUUGAGAUUGUUUGCUAUUCAAAAAAAAUAAAUAAAUAAAUAACAAAAGGAAUCAGGAGCAAUCUUAGAGCAACAAAAUAAUUGGACAACUUGUCCUAAUUAUCUGAUCUGAGUCCCACGACACUAACUAUAGGUUCACCAAUAUUAAUUUAUAUAUAUGAAAAUAAAUUUUAUUUUUAAUA